GCACCGGGAAGAUCACUGCAGUCGACUCGACUCUUGUCUUGUAUCAUCUGUACCCCACAAAGCAAAGACACCAGAGAUCAAAAUGGCCUUCGCAGGUGUACUGAGUGAUGCUGACGUCGCUGCAGCCCUGGAUGGGUGCAAAGACGCUGGCACAUUCGACCACAAGAAGUUCUUCAAGGCGUGCGGCAUGGCCGGCAAGUCCGCCGACGACGUCAAGAAGGCCUUCGCCAUCAUCGACCAGGACAAGAGCGGCUUUAUUGAGGAGGAUGAGCUGAAGCUGUUCCUGCAGAACUUCAAGGCCGGUGCACGCGCACUGACCGACGCCGAGACCUCGGUUUUCCUGAAGGCCGGAGACACCGACGGUGACGGCAAGAUCGGCGCUGACGAGUUUGCGAGCUUGGUUAAGGCAUAAAGUGGCAACUGACCAACAACACCUGCUCUGAUGGAACAACAAAGCCCACGUCGACCUCCCCCCUUUUCAUCUGAAUAUAAAUGAUUUUUAUACAUUUGCUGAAGAGACGUUUCCUCCUACGCAACACACUGUCCAAACUGAUGAUUGUGAAUGUCGCUCGGUUGUGUUCAUGUCUUAAAUAUGAAUUUUGCUUACUGUAAAAUCUAUGAUGCACUUUCCAGGAACGAACGGUACAAAAAGAAUAAACAUUCUUUUGCUACGGUCUCACUGGAU